AUGGAAGAACCAAUUGCCCAGAGAAUCGAUCCACGCUGUCCCAUCUGCCACAAGUCUUAUGCCGAUGAUAAAAACCGAGCAAACAUGUCUCGUAUUGUCGCAAAAAGCGCCGGUCUAGUCCAGUGUCUAGAAGAAAGGCUUGUGAUGAAUGCGUACGAGCGAAGGUUCGCUGCAACUUCGAUCCUGCGGGCUGCUCUCGGUGCACGUCCAGAGGCAACUCCUGUGCUUAUCAAGGUCGUCCUUUGCGGAACCCAGGACAACCUGACUUUGUCCCUCGAUGAGUUUCAGCCCGACGUUACUGCUCCUCUUAUCGACACGAUAUCGGGCAACAUGCAGAUCCCGUACGCAGCUAUAGCAUGGAACAAUGAAGCCUUAGAAACUCAAGUUUCAAGGUUUCUAGACUCGAUGCCUCUGAAUGAAGAAUACUAUGUCGGAAUUGACGUGGAACCUGAGAGAGAGCGCGACGAGCUCCAGUGCGUUCCGAAUUCUAUCCCAGCCGCAGGACACUCACGACAGCUCUCACCAUCCAUGCUGGCAUCCAUACCGUACCAAGACCCUUCUUUCGUGCUUGAACGCCGCGAUUGCUCCGAACCCGAGCUUGAGCUUACUGGCGAUCUUGCUCUGCAUAUCCUACGCUCCUAUGUUCGCAUGAUCGCCGAUCGCGACUCGCUUCCCCCUUUCGUCCAUCCAAAAUAUCAGAAUUUUGCGGGGAGCAAUACAAGUCGUCCAAGCCCACUCUAUGCCGCUAUAACAUUAGCAAAAAUGCUAUAUCUUGGCUGCAAAAUGGAUAAGACCCUCAUAUGGAGACUGAUUAGGAUGGAACAAGAGCGACUACUCAACGAUCACCCAAAGUUUAAUAAGUGGGAGCUUCUCGAGGCGCUGCAAUCUCUUAUUGUCUACAUCUUAAUGAGGAUUACUGAGGGACGUCAUGACUAUACCAAUUUCGAUACCCAACUCCUGAUUUCAGUGAAUACUAUCUGUCGUCAUAUUACGACUAAGUUGGGGAUGCUUGUCAGCUUUGAUGAGCUUGAAGGUGAAAUGAUGUCGUGGGAGGAAUGGGUCUUUUACGAAUCGCGCCGCCGGUCUGCGACUAUCUUUCUCAUUAUUGACAGCAUCCUCCACGCUCGAAUAGCGGACCCUGCCCCGUCCAUGCCGGAGUACACUUCAUCCCCUGCGCCUUGCCCUUCAGCGCUGUGGGUUGCUGAGAGCGAAAGGGACUGGACUGUCAAUUACGCCGGACAUCUUCAAACUAAUGCAGCGCUUGGGAUGCUCACGAACGGAGAUCUUGUCGCACUCAAGGAAGCAGCCGGGGAGCAACACGACAGGUGGUAUGCCUACGCCGAUUCGUUUGGCCUUCUAGUGACCCUUGCGGCAAACUUGAUCAUCUAG